GUGGGUGGCUUAGCACCGUUAUCUGGAAACGAACGGUACCCAGCGGCAGCGACGUCUCGUGUACAAAGUUUCAAGGGUUGUAUGCGUAAUUUGUUCAUAAACGGUGAGCAGUACGAUUUGGGAGUGCCGGAUUAUGUGAAUAGUCAACACUCACAAAUGGGUUGUGACUUGAAUGAGGCCGUAUGCGAUGUGAACAGCAUACAAGGUGGUUAUUGUGAGCAUGGCGAGUGUAUCGCUGAUGCUGUGGUAAGCAAAUGA